AUGCGCUCGUCCGACAAGCACUGCGCCACCUCGUCGGCCGCGCCGCCCCCGCCGCCGGCAGUCCGCCUUCCGCCGACUCCGCCAGAAUCCCCCGCGCUCGACCCACACGGCACCUUGUCGCCCGCCCUCGCCUCGCUCCCGACCGAGACCCUCCACCACGUCCUGUCGUACCUCGACCCGCCCGCACUCGCCGCCGUCGCCUGUCUCGCCCGCACCUUCCUCCCUCUCGCCCGCGCCCACCUGUACCGCCAGCUCCACCUGCGCAACAACCGCGACGGCCAGGCCGCCCCAGCCGACAGCUCCGCCCUCGAUGCCCGCUCGGCCGCCCUCCUCGCGUCGCUCGACCGUCACGCCCCCGCCCUCGCAACGCUCGUCCACGGGCUCGACUUUGACCUCCUGUCGCACCUCGGCGCCGACGACGUCGCGGCCCUCCUCGGCCAGGUCUUGACCCUGUGCCCGUCCUUGACCGCCCUGCGCCUCGGCGCCGGCUCGCACGGCCACGGCAUCGGCUUCCGCGGCCUGUACCGCUCCCUCGCGCUCGCACCGCCCGGCGCCGCCGCCCGCCUGCGCGUCCUCGACGUCGCCGCGUGCGCCGGCGCGCCCCACACGCUCGCCAUGCUCCUCGUCGAGAUGCCCAACCUCGUCGAGCUGCGCAUCGGCCAGUGCCUCCUCGAGGACGAGGACCAGGCCGUGUUUUGCGCCGGCCGCGCCGCGCCGUGCCGCCUCGAGACGCUCGUCGCGCGCGGCCGCCUGACGCCGACCGCGUUCGCGUUCUGCACGGCGUCGAGCGGCGCGAGCCUGCGCCGGGCCGUCGUCCCGCUGUGCGACAAGGCCGCGCUCGACCUCGCGCCGUUCACGGCCCUCGCCCACGUCGAGCUGUGCGUCUUUCUCGCCGGCGCCCCGACGCCGUUCUCGCCCGCCCACGCCCAGUUCCACCCGACCCUGUCGCGCCUGUCGCGCAACCUUGGCGACACGCUCGCGUCGCUGCCCGGCGGCGGCGCAGGCGCAGGCGCUGCGUCGUCGCCCGUCGUCGUCGCCCUGUCGGGCGCGUGGGACAGCGCCGUCACGGCGCCGCCCGGCUCGAGCCAGGCCGUCGACCUCGUCCUGCACGGCGACCUCCUCGAGCGCAUCCCGCGCGAGGGCGUCGAGCGCGUCGUCGUCCGCACAGAGCUCAACGCGCUCGCGCUCACGCGGUGGCUCGCCGACGACGCGUGGUGGGGCUCGGCGGCCUCGUCGGCGCUGUCGCGCAUGGCCGACGACGCGUCGACGACGACGAGCGAUCACGAGCGUGAGCGCGAGCGCGACCACGAGCGGCCGCCGAGCCCGGCCGGGUCGACGGCGAGCGCGCCCUCGGUGUCGACGUGCGUCCCCUCGCCGUGCGGCUCGCCGUCGCCUCCUCCUACCUCGUCGCGGUCGUUAUUCGCCCAGUCGCCGCACCGGUUCCCGCCCGACGUGAGGCACCUCGAGCUGUGGCAGAAGACGUCGUACUCGGGCGCGAGGCGCGACUUUCAGGCGCGCGUGCGCGAGCGGGUCGACGAGCGCGCGAGGGUUCGAGGCGUCGAGGUGACCUGGAGGACGUACGAGCGGUGGUGACGGUGGUUUGAGCGAGCGGUGCAAAGGAUCGAGCUGUUGUUG